UCCAACAAGUGCUGGCACCGUGGGCUCCGCUCUAGACCGUUAGUACCAGUUGCCAGGCUCUGCUUGUGCUCACUUCUCGCCUCCCUCCCCAGCACACAUGUAAUCCGAAACCUCACAUCUCCAGAACGACCAACAACAAAAAAAAUAGAGUCAGGCAGAGACAGCAGCUGGCUGUCAGCAGCAGAGUGGAGAGGAGCCAAGCGAGGAAAGAACCCCAAGCCAGAGAGGGGCAGGAUGGGGGGAGAGAGCCGUGAAGUUUAAGAAGACAGAAAAACAACCACCGGAGGUGGAGGACAGUCCUGCGGCGCUGUUGGGUGUAACACAACGUGAACAGUGCUGGCCAGGAUGUCUUCUGAAGGCUUUCUGAAGGAAAUACAGACCAUUGGUGAGAAGUUCCUGCUUAAGCUCCAGAAGCUGCCCAAGGCUGAACCCGUGGAGAUAGUGUCAUUUUGUAUUAUCCUCUUCUUUAUCGUUACUGUGCUGUCACUGAUGAUCCUAGCCUGCAGCUGUUGCUGCUAUCGCUGCUGCUGCAAUGGAAGCCCUGAUCAGAGAGGCAGGAAGAUCCAGAUCCAGCCAACUGCUCAUGUGUGAAAUGCAUCAGGAGAAGACAGUGAAAGAGGACAUAGGAGCCACUGUGGCUGAAUGGCCUGGGAAUGACCCUCUCUACACUAACCCUCUGAACGGGCUGGUGGGAGUGAAUGAGAAUACGCUGCAGAGGUAGGGUACGUCUUCACUACCCGCCGUAUCGGCGGGUAGCAAUCGAUUUAUCUGGGAUCGAUAUAUUGCGUCGCGUUAAGACGCGAUAUAUCGAUCCCCGAACGUGCUCACCGUUGACGGGGGAGCCGCGGCCAUCGAUCCCGCGCAGUCUCGACCCCAGGUAAUUCGAUCCAAGAUACUUCGACUUCAGCUACGCUAUUCGCAUAGCUGAAGUUGCGUAUCUUGGAUCGAUCCCCCCCAGUGUAGACCAGCCCGUAGGGUGACCAGAUGUCCUGUUUUUAAAGGGACAGUCCAGUUUUUUGGGGACUUUUUCUUAUAUAGGCGCCUGUUACCCCCAACCCCGAUUUUUCACAGUUGCUAUCUGCUAACCCUAUGCAGAGGAGGAAAGUGGAUCAUAAGAUGGACUAGGUUGUUCUGCAAUGAUCACUGCCUGGGUCUGUGAUGUGGCCACAUAUGUAACAGUAUUCUGACAUCCUUGUCUCCUUGCCAUAGAAAGAAACAAAAACAGACUUUUCCCAAAGCGAACAUUGCAGCUGGGCUGGCAGAAAAUUCCAACAGGCUCUCUCUUUGUGAGCAAAGAGCAGCAAACCACAAAGAGCACAUGCAGACUGCCCCGGGGUUAGGAAGGUCCCCUGCUCUCUUGAUAAAUGACCUAAUCCAGUGAGGUGGUGCUGGGCACUAGCAAUUUCUACUGUCAUCACUGGAGAUAUCCAUUACCAGCACCCGUCAGGAUCAAGCCCAAAGCAAGUAUGGCUUUUCCUUCCCUGUUCUACUUUCUUUAAAACCAUGAGUAAUAGAGUACGUGAAAUUUAACAGAGCCAUCCACUCAGAGCACAGCAUGACAUGAACUUUCAGCUGGCACAUGAGCUCAGAGACUGGAAGUACAGUUGGCAUCAAAUGCUCCCUGCUUUUAUUUUCUCAGUGUUACAAAGACAAGAAAACUGCUAAAGAGGAAAAUAAUUAGACUAUGUGCAAUAUCCAUCAUACACUGAAGGAUGAAGGCAAGAGGGGAAAACCCUAACACAAAUUGUUUUGUUUGCUUGCCCUGCCAGUAAUCAUUUUUUAAAAAAAGGUUUUUAUUUAGAUCCUUCGCUUCCAUGAAAAAGUGUUGCUUUUUCUGCAUAUUGCAGGGUGAGUGUUCAGUACAGGGCAUGGGGCACUGAAGCAGAUGUACAAAUCCCCAUUAUUAUUCAUGGGAGUAGCAUGCCUCGCUCCCUGCACUAAAGAAGGCCGGUGUGUAGUUUAUAUUAACGGCAGCACAUGUUUAAGGUAUAUUUAUUCACACAUGUAUUUCAGAGAAAGAAUAUACAGUGAGGGCAGUGUUAAUUCAGGAUAUAUAUGCAGCAGCUGAGAGAUGGCAUCAUGACAAGUGGUGGAGCAAACUGGAGCCAAACAAACUGUACCGCUAAAGUUAACAAGUGCAAAUAAAUACCUUUUCAACACUGCA